CAGAAGAAACAGCAUUUACAGCACACACCAGAACAGAAGAAUGAAGUUUAACACAGUCUUCUGUGUGGCCGGAGCCAUACUUCUCAACAUAGCAGGCUGCCUGGGUCAGUUAGAUGUAUGUGGUCAAGCCCCCCUCAACACCAAGAUUUUUGGAGGGGAGAAUGCAACGGCAGGCUCUUGGCCGUGGCAAGCCAGCAUUCACAGUCUGUCCAGUAAAAGCUUUUUGUGCAGCGGGACGCUAAUCAAUGAAGAAUGGAUUUUGACUGCAGUUGACUGUGUCCUACACAACAGGGUGUCUGACAUUGUGAUCUACCUGGGGCGUCUGACCCAAAAUGGCUCAAACCCACAUGAGAUAUCCAUGCAAGUGAUUAAAGUCAUAAAACAUCCUAAAUAUAACAGUCUUGACAGCAGUCUAGCAAUGCUCCAGCUCUCUUCUUCUGUGACUUUCACUGAUUACAUUAAGCCAGUCUGUCUGGCUGCUGCUGGUAGUGUAUUUGCUGCUGGUACAGAGAGCUGGGUCACUGGAUGGGGCCUAAACGAAGAAAUCAAGUUUCCUGACAUACUGCAGGAAGUGGAGGCCCCUGUUGUGAACAACAUUGAAUGUAAUGAUGCCUAUGGAGGCAUCAUUACAGACAACUUGAUGUGUGCUGGAUUUUUAGAUGAAGGAGAGAAAGCCCCAUGUGUGGGAGAUGCUGGAAGUCCACUGGUCACUAGGCAGGGCUCCACAUGGAUUCAGUUUGGAGUUGCGGUCUAUUCUCAUUAUUGUGCUGAACCUGGUUAUCCUGCUGUAUAUGUCAGGGUGUCUGAAUAUCAGGACUGGAUCAGCAGUUACACAAGGAGCAGCGAGCCUGGAUUUGUCUCAUACCCCCUCAUUCUUUCUCUGAUUGAUGGAGGCUCAGUCAACCUCCUCUCAUUUUCCCUUGCUCUCGCUUUCUCCAUCAUACCUCUCAUCUUCUUCCACUUUUUUUAAAGAUUAUGUGAGUCAUGAUAAUUUUAUGGAUACACUUCUGUAAUCAUGAUGAUAGUUUGCUGUACACAGUCUCAUUAUUAGGUGAAAUACGUGUUUCUUCUUAUAAUCUUUUCUUUGAUGUUAACCUUCAUAUUGAUUGGAUCCUGGGGUCAUCAAUAUGUUUAUAAUGAAACAAAACUUUGAUAUAGUUCAGCAUGCUUUUAAAAAAAAGAACCUUCACUGACAUCAC